AUGUUUUCGUCCAAGGCGCUCUCUUUCGCUGUAGUCGCCCUUCCUUUCGUUGCACGGUCUGUCGUUGCUCACUGUAACCGCCAGUAUACUAUUCAGGAGGGCGACAUUUGCGACAGCAUCUCUGCAGCAAACAAUGUCUCUACUUACCAGCUAGCCACGAUCAACGCUGGCUACAUCGAUAGCACAUGUUCUAACCUGCAAAUCGGUGCCACCAUCUGCCUCGGAUAUCUCAACGAAGACUGUUCAACUACAUAUGUCGUUGAAGCCAAAGAUACGUGUGACGAUAUCGCGGGCUGGUUCGGCAUCGACGAGGCGACGCUUUACAACAACAACCCCAACAUUAACGACAAAUGUACAAACAUUUACGUUGGCGAGGUAUUUUAUUUUCUACCCGCAACCUCGGCUUUUUCUAUCGCAACUCCCAUUACUUCUUCUACCGUAACUCCCGUUACAUCUUCUACCGUAAUCCCCGUUACAACUUCUGCUACCCCAGCUACGACUGUAACUUACGCGACAACUUCCUCCUCUGCGGCUUCUGCCGCCACUUCCGCCGCUUCUACUGACGACGGGGAUGACGACGAUGACGGUGAUGAUGAUGAUGACGGCGAUGAUGAUGAUCUCCCCUGGUGCGAUGAGCUCUAA